AAGGUUAUAAGAAAGGUUUUGGAAUAUUUUGCUUUUGCUGCCAAAGUGAGGUCAGCCCUUCUCAGUUUGAAGCACAUGUGGGUUGGGCUUCUUGUCGCAAGCCGUGAGUGUUCUUUUGAUAUUUUUGGGAGGGGCCAUGGUUUCAGCAAAUCAGUAUUUGGCGCUCAGACAGUUAUACUGUGUGACCAGGUAUUUCGUUGAUAUACUAGUUUUUAAGUUUACUAAUCAACAUUGACAUUACAGGUGACACCUUCCCUCUUGGUUGUGCUUUCGACGAAUCGAUUGUUCAUCACAAGUACUUCGGGUACAAUCUGGAUUCAAAAAAUUCUACUUACAGCACCAAGAAUCGAAUUUACUCAGAAGGUUGUGGACUAGAUAAUGUAAUGAUAUCAUGGGGGCAUGACGAUUACAUGUAUUUGGUGGCUAAGGAACAUGGAACGACUUUGCCUCCAGCUGCAUUGUUCAUCAUCCGAUACCACUCUUUUUAUCCAUUACACAAGUCAUGAGCAUACACACAUUUGAUGAAUGUGGAUGAUGUUGAGAAUUUGAAGUGGCUGAAAAUUUUCAACAAAUAUGACCUCUAUAGUAAGAGCAAAGUGUACAUUGAUGUUGAGAAGGUCAAGCCAUACUAUCUUUCUCUUAUUGAGAAGUAUUUCCUAGCCAAGCUGAGAUGGUGAACAUUCUAAAUUGAAGACAUUGAUUUGAGAAAUCACAGAUUUUAUUUUAUUUUUCUUUUUGUGAUUGAUUCAUGAACUUGUAUAAAACACAACAGAGAUUUGUGAGUUCUUUGUAAAUCCUCUGAUGUGUUCUAGAAAUGUUCUAUCAAUAAACAAUUUAAAUGCAUUUGGCGGGAUGUAAUUUCAUUCAUUUGGCAUUUGUUUCUUUUAAUUUCUACUGGAUUGUUGAUGA